ACAGAGUACGUGAGGCAGCGAUGUCCCCAGCUGGGCCACGUCUCACUGCUCCAGGGAUUCCCCAAGAGACACUUCUCGGACUCUGAGCUGGGCAGCACGCUGGCGGAGCUUGGGCUGAAUCCCACCGCCACGUUGUGCGUGCGGGAUGAGCAGCGGGCAGCUGCUAUUCCCUCGCCACUGCCCCAUGAUGCCUACACGCCGAGGGCAACAGGUAACGCGGGCCAGGUCGUGGCCGAGAAGGGCAGUGCACCUGAGCGCCAGGCAGGAGCCACCCCAGGCCCGACGCCGCUCGCAGCCCCGGUCCACCCCUCAUCGGGCCUGGGGGAAGGGCGAGACUCUGGGCUUCCGGGCAACAGACAGCACGCCGGCUUCUGACGCGGAGGAACCUCCCGCUGUCCCGGGACACAGGGACCAGCCCGACGUGGGAGAGGCUCCCAUGGAAUCUCCAUCAAGGUCAAGGUCAACACACAGUUGGGGCCGAGGGCAGAGGCUGGCGGCAACGGGGAGCAGCGGCCAUCCCGACGAGGAGGAGGAGGAGGAGGAGGCGGAGGAACCCGGCGGGGACAUUGAGGAAGAGGACGCAGAGGAACUCCUCCCACAGCACCUGCUCAUCCCGCCCGCCUUUGACCCAGAAAUAAUCUUCCGCCAAAACGGAAACAGGAUCAGAAGUGGCUUUGAGCCUCGGUAUCAGUGGCCUGAUCAGGGAAACCGCCUGAGGGAGGAACUGGCAGCGGAGGAGACUCGGAAGCAGCAGGAUCUGCCCAGCGUCCUGGCUCAGGCAGCCCUGGAUCGGUUGAACAGGGCAGCCGAGAGCCCGCCCCGCCUCACGCCGCUGUCCGCGCAGAAGAAGCUGUGUCGAGCCACGCCAGUACCCUCGCUGUUCAACCUGGCAACCGGUAGUGCAGUCACUCUGAUGGCAGCGCCCAGCAUGCAGUACAGCCGCAGCCUGGCCUGCCUGACGCCCGAGCUGGCCGAACACCUCCUCCUCUAUGUCAUCAACCAGCGUCUCCUGCGCCCCAAGUCCUUCGAGAUCUUCUUCGGCUGCCAGAUCCAGAGGCUGGUGCUGGACUGCUACCCCUACGCCACCAACGACCUCCUGCGGCAGCUCCGAGCCUUCCACUCACUCAGGCACCUUAGCCUCUCCUCCUGUUCCCUGGUCACAGAUUCCGGUUUGGAGGUGCUGUCUUCCUUGCACAGAUUGCAGCACCUGAACCUUGCGGCCUGUGUGAAACUUACCAACAACUGUCUGUGCAGCAUUAAAGGUCUCAAUUGCCUUUCUCAUCUAAUCCUGGACCAGACCAAAGUAAGCGACUCGGGAAUGAUGGAAUACCUGGCUGUUGCCCCCGCAACGCUCGUUCACCUCAGUCUAAAUCAGACAGCCAUCAGUGAUCGGGUGUUGUCCGCCUUGCCAUCUGCCGUCCCGCAGCUUCGUCUCCUCAGCAUCAAACAUACCAAGGUGUACGACGUUUCAGCCCUGAAGGAUCUGCUGUCUCUUCAGACCCUGCAUCUGGACAACACGUGCGUCACCGAGAGCUCCCUGCGCACACUGGGCUCUCACUCCACUCUCUCCUCUCUCAGUCUGUGUGGCCUGCACUCCCCCAGCGGAGAUGUCACACUGCAGAUUAUCUCAGGUCUAAAGCUGACUCACCUGAAGCUCCCGGACAGGCAUUCAGUCAGUGAUUCUGGUCUCUGUUUCCUGUCUCUCUUGGAGCGACUGACGGAGCUGGACCUGACGGACUACACACAGGUGACGGACGAGGGGGUCAGCCACCUUGCUCGGCUUCUGAGGCUGACCAAGCUAUCGCUGAGCAACACGCUGGUGACAGACGCUGGCCUGGUUCACCUGCAGCCUCUCAAGUACCUGGAAGAGCUGUGCCUGGAUCGCACCAAUGUUGGCAGCAAGGCAGUGGCCCAGUGCAUCCGGACCCUGCCCCAUUUACAGGUGCUGGGCUUGGCGUCGACCCGCGUGGGGGACAGUGUGGUGGCACAGGGGCUGCUGCUCUGCACCCAGUUGCUCAAGGUCAACCUCAGCCGCACACGCAUCACAGAUCGAGGUCUGAGGUACCUGAGUCAGACCAAGGUGGUGCAGGUGAAUCUCGAUGGGACGGGUGUGACGGUGCAUGGUGUCAGCGGACUGAUGGCAAACUGCCCCGGCAUCACCAGCAUCCGCGCCAACAGCCUCCGAACCCUGCCCCCGGACCAAGCCUCCGACGAAGAGAUGGUGGCUGAGGACUGACAGGAGGCCAGGAGUGAGGGGAGGAUGUGGAGUAGGGGGGGAGGAUGGGGCGAAUAUCCCACCUGUCCCGAGACUAAGUGAUGGGGCAGUGUAGAGAGAGCUCCACACGCCAAACUUGCUUUGGGAGUGGGUGACGGGGCAGUGGAGCAGGAACAUUACCCUGUAUCUAACACUUGUUUUUGUUAUUCCUGGGAAAUACACAGGGAAUUCUAUCACCUUAUCUGGGUGUGUGUGACGGGACUGUGCUGAGGGAGCUUCAUUCUGUGUCUGACCCCAGGCGUGUGUGAUGGGAUGGUGUAGAGGGACAUUCACUCUGUGUCCUCUUCCCUCUCUCCCUCUCCUGUAAAUCCCCAUCUCCCCCACCCUCUCCCCACCAGUCAGUCUCUCCCACUGUUGGCCCCCUGAAGUCUCCCCUCACCCAUCUCCCCACCACACCCUCCCCCAGCCUUGAUACCCUACACUGCCCACGUCGCCCCUCACCCAUUUCCCCAUCACACUCGCCCCCCACCCCUACACGUGGCAGCCAGUAACUCUUCCCAAUCUCCCCCACCCCUCAUCACAUUCGUCUGUCCCCAUCCCUCUCCCCAUGGUACACUCUUCCCCCUGCCGCCAUCCUAAGCACCCCAUAACUCUCCCC